UACAUAUAACAAAUCAACGACUUCAACAACAUUUGUCAGUGCAUGGCAUGUAGUGUUUUUUUUUGAACUUUCUAUCAUAAUUUUAUUUUACGAAGCGUACAAUAAAAUAUAAAUAAAAAUGUCACAAGGCUCACGGCGUGUAAUUCAAGAUGAUUUGUCUAAUGUUGAAUUUGAGACAAGUGAAGAUGUGGAAGUUAUUUCUGCAUUCGAUACGAUGGGACUUCGUGAAGAAUUAUUGCGGGGUAUUUAUGCAUACGGAUUUGAAAAACCAUCUGCAAUUCAACAACGUUCGAUCAAACCAAUAAUGAAAGGACGUGAUGUAAUUGCCCAGGCUCAAUCUGGUACCGGUAAAACUGCAACAUUUUCCAUUUCUAUACUACAAAUGAUUGAUACAACAGUACGAGAAACACAAGUUUUAUGUUUAUCACCAACCAGAGAAUUAGCAACACAAAUACAAAAAGUGAUAUUGGCACUUGGUGAUUUUAUGAACGUACAAUGUCAUGCUUGUAUCGGUGGCACAAAUUUAGGUGAAGAUAUACGUAAAUUAGAUUAUGGACAACAUGUUGUUAGUGGAACUCCUGGUCGAGUGUUUGAUAUGAUUAGACGUCGAGUUUUGCGUACAAGAAACAUUAAAAUGUUGGUGUUGGAUGAAGCUGACGAAAUGUUAAACAAAGGAUUCAAAGAACAAAUUUAUGAUGUAUAUCGUUAUUUACCACCAGCAACACAAGUCGUAUUAAUUUCCGCUACUCUACCCCACGAAAUAUUAGAAAUGACUUCAAAGUUUAUGACAGAUCCUGUUCGAAUUUUAGUAAAACGUGAUGAAUUGACACUUGAAGGAAUCAAACAAUUUUUCGUGGCUGUAGAACGUGAAGAAUGGAAGUUUGAUACGCUCUGCGAUUUAUACGAUACAUUAACAAUUACACAAGCUGUUAUUUUUUGUAACACGAAACGUAAGGUGGAUUGGUUAACAGAAAAAAUGAGAGAAGCAAAUUUUACAGUCAGCUCAAUGCAUGGUGAUAUGCCUCAAAAAGAAAGAGAUAAUAUCAUGAAGGAAUUUCGAUCUGGACAAAGUCGUGUUUUAAUCACAACAGACGUAUGGGCACGAGGUAUUGAUGUACAACAAGUAUCAUUAGUAAUCAAUUAUGAUUUACCAAAUAAUCGUGAAUUGUAUAUACAUCGUAUUGGUCGAUCAGGUCGUUUUGGACGUAAAGGUGUCGCCAUUAAUUUUGUGAAAUCAGAUGAUAUUAGAAUAUUACGUGAUAUUGAACAAUAUUAUUCAACACAAAUUGAUGAAAUGCCUAUGAAUAUUGCUGAUUUAGUUUAAGUUUAUUUUAUUGUAU